CCGACAAUAAAUAAAACAGAAAAAGAAAACACAAACGUAAAAGCACACAAAGAUGAAGAAAUCAGGAGGGGCAGCAGACAAGAAAAGGGUUCGAAGAUCAUCAGGAGCUGUACCAAAUGGCACCAGAGAUCUAAACUCUGAUACCCCUCCUAGGGGAAUAUGAAUAAGGUGUUUUCUUGUAAAAUGGGACCUGAAAGAUGCAAACUUUGAAACAAGCUGCAAAAAAAGAUGUGUUUCAGUUGUUUGCCGAGAAGGUAAGAGAUCACAAGGGUUUGGUUUCUCGUUGGGCUGUCUUACAAGAGACACGUGUUGAAUAUUUUAGAGGAAAGGAUUUUGUAAGCUUUCUGAAAAAUCAUCCAGAGAUUAAAGAUAUAUUAGAGUCAAAUAAGAAUUUAGAGGUUGAAGAAAUUGUUGAUACUUUAUUAAGUAAGAACCUUUUAGUGCGUUGUGAUCGUGUGGUGAAAACUGUUCGUCCUGGGAAGAAAAAGCUGUCUACCUGGCCAGCACAUCUAGAGAUCUUUCCUGAUCAAGUGUUUUCAGAAAGUGAUUCCUUUUUUGCGUGGACGUUCGUAAAACAGAGGCCGUUAUGGCAGACACUCCUCUCACUUUCUUGGCCUGUGCUGACUCUUGCAAUUUGCCUGUUUCCUAUAUACCCACAUGGGUGCAAGCUAUUAAUCCUCUACUCUUGUGCUGGACUUCUUUUGCUUAUUUUCUCACUUCUUUCAUUGAGAGCAACAGUAUUCGGUGCUUUAUACAUCAUUCUUGGAAAGCGUGUUUGGUUAUUCCCUAACAUCCUUGCUGAAGAAGCUACCUUGGGAGAAUUAUUCCGUUUAUGGCCAAACAAGGAUGAGGAGGAGAGGCCCAAGUGGACAACGAGGCUUUUCUAUGCAUUACUAGCUGUGCUCGUUAUAUUACUGCUGAGGCACCAUGCUCCCGAUGAAGCUGCCAGAGCAAGGUAUCAGAAGCGGAUGUCCAACAUAAUUGACGAUGUUCUUGAGUGGUCUCCAAGUUUGGCGCUGUCUGGAAUGAUGGAGAAGCAGCCAACUUUGGUGAAUGCCACAGAACCCAACGAUUUUACAGAUUCUGGUCAAACAGACUCGGAGAAGGUGCCUCCAGCAGGUGAUGAAGGUGGAGAAACCAUCUUGGAACAACACGAGGAUGAAGAAAUCAAAAACAUAGAGGAUGCCGCUGAUCAACAUCAGCAUCAAGAUCAUAUAUGACAGUAGAUCAGGCCAUAGCAAGCAGAAGACAAAUAUACUACCUUCUUUGGAUUCCAUCUUAAAUUUCAAGUGUAAAACUGUGUAAUCAAACAGUGAAAUAAAAUAGUUUUUGAUCGUUCCCUCAUUAAUAGUGAGAAUAGAUUAGGGAAUUUCUGUAAUGAAGAGCCCUUUUACUAUAUCAUAUUGGCUAUGCUUUAUGCUUGCGCCAAGAGUGCCGGGCCCUUUUUUCAGACGGGUAAAAUAGAUUCGUGUUACUUCAA